AUGACCAAGCAUGCGCCGAGCUUCAAGCAUCUCCUCGGCAGAGUGACCCACCGUGAACAACGGCGCGAACCGACUGUUGCGGAGCUGCUCGCCAACUCGAGGGCGCAACAGGCUGUAGCUCCUGUGCGAGUGCAGGAGCCGGAUAUUCAUCCUGCUGAGCUUCUCCGACGUGAACGAGAGGAACACGAUGCAGAGCGCCGGCGUGUUGCGGGCCCAGCGCCACCCAAGUCUUGGUGGAAGCGGACAGAGACGCCGCAAGCAACGGCUGUGGAUGCGCCGCAACCGACCGACUCUGAGAUUGCGGACGCGAUAGAGUUUCUGAAGGACCCACAUGUGGACGCAAGUCCGCGUCACGGAGCACCGAGCCUGGCGACCAUCUGUUGCGAUCUCACGGUCGCCCUGCUCCGGGACAACACGGCUGUCGAGGGCGAGCGGAUAUCCGACAUUGUCUUGCCCGCUGUGCUUCAGCUUGAGCCACAUCUGCGGGAGCGGGUGCUCGAAGUCGCGCGAGGGCGCCUCGCAGACGACCAGGUACGAGCGAUCCUGACGCAUAAACCUGAGCCGCCAGGCCUAGGCGAGGAAAAUGAGUACGACGCUGGGGACGAGGGCGAGGAAGAUUGGGACCGCGACGAUGACACGACUAUCACUUCGCUCUGCAUACCGAGUCACCCCGCGCCGGGGCGUAUGCUGAGGACGGUUGAUCUGAGCGUUCUCACGUCCGUGAACCUCGCCUUCUGCCGGAUACCGGACCUGACGAGGCUGGUGCUGCCACCCAGCUUGAGGUCUCUGGGGUUGAGGGGUGUCUAUUCCGGCUUGCCCCGCUACAAGCUCAUCGGAACGACAGGCGAUUCUGGCACUGCUGGACAGAAGAGAAGGAAUGAUGAGGAUCUUUUGUGGGCCGCACAAGGCCUGACCGCCCUUGGAAAGCGCCUCAUCCUGUUGAAGGGAGAAGCUGUGAAACUAGGUGUGGCACUACGGGACGCAGAGCCCUCCUCUGGACAGGCACUGAGAGCGAGAUAUGAGCCGGGAUCGCACAAGGCGUCGGGAGCUCCGGCUCUUUUCCAUUGCCCAAGCGAGUGCGAUCGCGAUGCCGAGUAG